CGCGGAGCAGCCAGUUUAAAAAGAGAAGGAGAGACAAGAGAAGAAGACAAAAAGACACAGCUGAUAAAAGGACCAUUUCUAGACAACUUGUACUUGGACUAUACUGGGACACAAAAAACAAAAACUCCUGCCUGAAGAAACUGGUUUUAAAACCGUUUUACGACAUUUUUGUUUGUUUGUUUGUUGUUGUUUUUCUUUACGUUACCUAAAAGGACAACCAUGCUCAACAUCUGCCUCGUGUUGAUUUUAUCUGCCUCCGUUCUCUCCGAGUCGCAGGUGAGGGAGACGGAGACGUGGAUGCCCAUGAAGACCACGCAGACGGUCGACAUGACGACGCGCCAUGAACACCUGGAGUCAUCGGGAGACUCAGUCAACGGGUCCGACUUUGGCUUCACGGACGACGAAGACGAUGACGAUGAAGACUACUACUCCGACCCGAUGUACGACGACGAGGACAAAGACGAGGACUACGAGUUAUCCGGAUCCGGUGAUGGAGAAACAACCGUGUCGCCUGUUAGAGACUCAAAGCCGUCAGUUAAGCCUGAAGUCAACGACAACAAGAUCCCAGAGGUGGAGCGCCCGGUGUGGCCGACCGUGGACCUGGUGGACCUGGUCCAGAACCGCAACGAAAUCCAAGUGACCAAGGAGGAGGAGGAGGAGGAGGCGAAGCCGUCCAACGUCCUCAUGUCCCACGCCAGUGAAGACAGCAUCUUUAACAAGACGGAGGUCCUCGCAGCUCUGAUUGCGGGCGGUGCCGUCGGCCUGAUGUUCGCUGUGCUCCUCAUCCUCCUCCUGAUCUACCGCAUGAAGAAGAAGGACGAGGGCAGCUACGAGCUGGGGAAGAAACCCAUCUACAAGAAAGCUCCCACCACGGAGAUCUACGCAUAGACACACACACACACACACACACACAUAUACCAAUCAGCCUCACAGUGCCUCAUCUUCUUCAUCAUCAUCAUCGUCGUUCAUCCUCACUUUUCGAUACCUCAUAAGGAGAGAAGCCCCGACUACACGAUCGAUUGACUGACUCCUCCCACCUGGAUGUGUGCUAAUUGUUAUCGGUGCCCUCUCGACCAAUCGGAGGCUCUGUUGGUCCUCUCGUCUGUCUCUCAGCAGUGUGAGUGGACGGUUUCAGCUGCGGUACGCCGUCUCGUUUUGUGUUUUUUACAUUUUUUUAUUAUAUUGUCCCCAUGUGUCAAGAGAAGACGAAACAGAACUUUGAGGACUUUAAGCUCCCCCCCCCGUUAGAAACACUAAACACUGUGCAAUGAUUCUGUCUCGGUACGGUAAAGUCACGUUAUUUAUUUCCUCCUGCAGCUUCUCGCACCGCUGUAGAAGAAUGACUUUUAUGUUUUUAUGUGAACACUUUUAUUAGUUUUAUAAGAACUCCUUGUAACGCAGAGAGAUUUCAUUUUUUAUUUUCUAUUAAAGAUCUCCUCACGACGGGAAAGAACGGAGCUCAACGUUGUUCAAAGUCAUUUUGAUUUGAGUAAAUCUGCCUGAACGCUGUAGAUUUCUACGUCAUCCGUUGGAACCGAUAAGUAAAGAUUAUCUGAGUUGUUUUAUCCUCGUAGUGCUCCGACGGUUACAGGUCAGGAGAGUAUCUGCAAAUCAUUGUUUCAGAUUAAAACAUUAGUCUUUAAAACCUUCUGGCAUGUUUUGUAUCUCCUCAUGUGGGGAAAGUCCCGUCAGACUGACACCAAGCGCCUGAUCAGUAAGCUAAACUAACCAGGGAGGAGAAUAUGCAAAUACUGUAUGACCCAGGUCUCUCUCUCUCGCUCUCUCUUGCUCGCUCUCGCUCUCUCUCUCUCUCUCUCUCUCGCACACGGUUGCGUUGCAGCGUGUUUUCCUUUUUAAAGCCUGGAGGAUGUUUCACCACUAUGAUAAUUACCGCUGUGCCUCCAGGGUUUGUUUUCUGUUAUUGUGGUGAACUCGAACCAACAUGCUCCUACAGGGUGACACACCUACAUUCCUCACACACACACACACACACACCCCACUACGACUGAAGCUGCUGACCCUCUUUAGACUAAAGGAAUAGUUUUGGCCGUUUGGCCGAUCGGUACCUCUUUAUUAUCUGUGAUAAAUGUGACGCAACAGCCGACAGUUGGUUAGCUUAGCAUAAAGACUGGAAACGAAUGGAAAUGAUUAGCUUGGCUUUGUCCACAGUUGUGAUCACAGAGUUGCAACGUGUGAGAGUUAAAGACGCCGUACAUUGACGAUGUCACGCUUUAUCCAACUCAUUUAGCUUUACUUGCAUUACAUUGUUACAUUGUUACUUCUGUUUAUAUAUUGUAACUUUAGUUUCGUGGUACUAAAUUUACACAGUUUGCAAGUCGUAAACUUAACGUUACCAUGACACCGAUAUGUUAAUGAGCGUUAAUGUUAGAACUAUUUCAGGAGGCUUCCAGCAAAGAAAGAUCCGGCACAUCUUCUCCUUUUUUAUUUUUUAAAUGAAGAAUUGUCGUUUUUACACUUUUUACACAACUGAGAUGGAAGGUGUUAAUCGGUGAGCUCCUAGCUGACGGACGGAGCCAGGCUAGCUGUUUCCCUCAGUUUCCAGUCUUUAUGCUAAGCUAAGCUAAGCUAACGCGAGAGUGGCAUUCGGUCCUCUGUGAUAAAAUAAGUGUCACUUCUUUCUCCUAUCUGUGAAGCUCAUCGUUAGCUCGCUACAACAUUUAUACUCAAUCAGUGAAAUGAGAAGACGAUUGUUCAGCUCUGCGAUCGGGGAAACUGGUAGUUCUGGUACUUUGUGUUCUUUAGUUUUGGGUUUUGAUGCUUUCUCAAUAAGCUACACCGACGCUUUUAUUAUGUUCGUCACUAAAGCCGUGACGAACACGUUCGAUGCUCACAUUUCACAUUUCUGAUCUUCCAAGGAGUUAUGUACAUAGUCAGAUAAAAAGAAUAUUAACUUGGUACUCAACAAAUACCUUCCAAAUACUUAAAUGCCAAAUUAUUCUAGUUGUAUUUUCUCUGCGGCAGUAACGUUCGUGUGAUUUCCUGUAACUGUUUUGAUACUAACUCUCCUCUCGUUCAUCUCCAGUGUUUUUAUUUCAUUUGUUUCCUGCAGUAGAUCAACAUGUUCCUGUUUUAUUAAUUUAACUGUCAAAUUAUUUUGUUGCCUUCUUUCAGGUUUGGGGGUUUUCCCCCUUUUUAAGCUGUUGUAUAUGUGAUUUAAUAAAGUUUUAUAUACACUAGUGUGAGAUGUUUCAGAGGCAAAAUAGUUUUGAAGCUUUUUAUUUUGUAAGAGUUUCUAUUAUCUUUUUAGACCGUUUUUAUUUUUUGCUUUUGUAUUUAUGUUUGUUUCGUAGAAGGAUUGCUUGUGUGGCCGGAGUUCAUCCGGUUGUUCAGAGGAUGUGAUGGUCCAUGUUGUCAGAAGUAGACCCGGGUUCCUUACUAAGCUGGAACACUUUCAGCUGUUUCUGGGGACGUCCAUCUUUGUAGCCCAAAUGGAGCUUUGGUCAACUUUUAUUUUGAAAUUCAAGGUCUCCACACAAACCUCCUGACAAACAAACCAAACAUUCUGUCAGCGAGUCUCGGACACGGAGGAUCACAUCUCUGAUUACAUUCGGACAAAUGAGUCGACUUCACCGACUCUCUCUCUCUCUCUCUCUCUCUCUCUGAGGGAGAGAGCUUUCUCCGGCUCGGACAGGAAACAGUUAAAAGUCUCGGCUGGUAAUCGUCUCCCGGUCUGUUCAGCUAGAAGAGAAACGAUUGUUCUGCUGCUUAAUGUCACAAACACCACAUGUGAAUCACCGACGAGUGGAGAGGUCAAUGAAUCAUUGGUUUCUGCAUGCAGGUUCUGAUUUAUUAUUGGAAAUAAAGCUAUUUUUAUGCACAUUAA